AUGGAGGAGUAUUCAAUUGAUAAUAAUCCAGUAGUGGCUACUCAUCUCCUUCAGCAUACAUUAAGAAACUUGUGUCAUAAAAACUCCCCGUGGAUUUACGCAGUUUUUUGGAGAACAUUACCUCGAAGUUAUCCACCACCGGAUUGGGAUUUUCUUCAAAAGGGAGCUCAUAACAGGUCAAGAGUGAACAGGAGGAACUGGAUGCUCGCAUGGGAAGAUGGUUUCUGCAACUUUUUAGCUUCAACAGCUGGGAGAAAUCCUCCGGCAAGCUCAUCAUCGGAGGACAAAAACUGUGAUAUUCAAAUUGAUGGACUCCAACCUGAGCUGUUUUUCAAGAUGUCGCAUGAAAUCCACAACUAUGGAGAAGGUUUGAUUGGAAAAGUCGCUGCAGAACGUGGUCAUAAGUGCGUUUACAGUGAACAAAUCAACUUGUCUGUGUGGCAAAACUCCGUACACCUGCAUCCAAGAACAUGGAAGGCUCAGUUUCAAUCUGGAAUAAAGACGAUUUCUUUAAUUGCAGUGCACGAAGGUGUUCUUCAAUUAGGAGCUCUUAGAAAGGUCCCAGAGGAUCUCAUCUAUGUUGCUGAAAUCCAAAUUUUUUUUAAUAAUCUUCAGAUUAUUCCCGGUUUCCUCUUACCACGUCCAUCAUCUCCAUCUCCAUCGCCAAUCCAUUCAACUAUUUUCCCCUUUCAAGUUACUGCACCCAUCAACAUCCACAAUCCAUUUCCGAUUGAGGGCUUUAAUAAUGAUUCUAUUAUUAGUACAAUGCCAGAUGAUCAAUGUUACGAGACUUCUCAACCAGUACUCUAUCCUACUACUCCCUUGAUAUCAAAUAUGGACUACGUCUCCGAUCAUUUCAAUGAACCACUGAUGCACACUUUAUUAGCAAUGAACAGCCUCGAGAAACUACUCAUGAAGCUCCCCUCAGUAGCUCCACCAUCAUCUAAAUCUUCUCCUCCCUUUUUUCAGCUCCAUGAUGAAUCAUUUCCUUCGAUCUCACCCUCUCAACACCCGCUGAUGGGACUGGAUCAGGCGGUAGCAGAAGACCAUCAAUUUCAUCAUGAAGAGAAAGCUUGUCCUUAAUUAGCUUAGCUUCAACUAAUGUAACUCUCUCAAA